GGGGUACUCUCGUGUGGGCUCUGCGCUGUAUCCGCCAUCUGGCGCGCGGGCGCCGCCGAGGCAUACCGUCGUUGGCCCGGCAUGGAGGUCGAGGCGGACGACGACGAAGCGGAAGGGGGACGAGAAGCACGCAGAGCAGUGGAGGGCAGGCAGAGAUAAAAGGGAACUCGAGGCAGUCUGCAGCUUUGCCGCGGCUAGCAUUUGCAGCUGUGGCAGUCUCGUCCAAAGAGCCCGGAACAUGCAGGAAAACGGAGGCUCCUGGCUCCUGAAGGGUAUGAAAGGCAGAAUGCAACAGAGCGAGCCUGACAAAAGGAGGGCACUCUACUCUACCGAGCAAGCAGCCUCGACCGCUGCACUGCCCACCCCGAGCCAGGCCUGGGCCGGCACGCUCUGGGCCAGCGCGUCCAGGGGGGGCACCUCCGCGGCCCAGCACCAGGGAAGGCUCCGCCUACCCGUCCAUCUCCCUGCACCUCCGCCGCGGCGGCGCGUCAUCCCGGCAUGCGCGCGCUCCUCGGAGACAGCUGGCUGCCGCCCGAGGAGCACAGGCUGCUGGCCGUGCGCCCGAGCCACUGCCGGAGGCUGAUCGCCGCGGCCCCGGGCCGCAGCGGCCCGAAGAGCAUCAGCGCGGCCGGCAGCGGACACAGGGCUACGCAGAUGGACGUGAGCGUCACGGCGAGGCACAUGGCCCCCAGCUUCCUGAAGAUGACCAGCGUGCAGGGCAGCAGGAAGGCGGAUGCCCCCACCGUGGUGAUCGCGCUCCCCAGCGUGGCGCCGCCUUUGG